UGUUAAUAACCUCAGCGACAUUUGGUGAUCAGACCAAAACGGACACGGACAAGCUUGGGCGUAGCAGUCAGCUUAUUAGAGACAACACCUGGCAGGGUACAUCUAUUACAGGUUUCUAUGACGAUCAAAACACUCUAAUCUGUACAGGCUACUCAAAUUAUGCAACGAGAGGAAUUUGUAAAUCAACAUUUGCGAUCCACUUUUUGACAUCGUCCCGUGUCCGGAGUCAUAACAUUUUACAUAGCAACAAACAAAGUUCUUUAAUUUUAGACAUUUAGCGACAGUUCCUUACAAUAAUUUACAAAAUGUAAAGUAAUCCCAAAACAUUGAAGACGUUUUCAAAAUGACAUCAAUCAGUUAGAGAAGACGUUUCGCUGAUAUUAAUUGGACUUUGCAUCUGUAAAUACCUGAACAUGGCCGAGGAAAACGCACCAGAUUUUGCACAUAGGCUGUCACAAAGACUACAUCUGAAUGAUAUUCAUGUAAAACCACAACUCAUUCUUGGCGAAUCUUCAGAAUUUGAUGACAUAUUCUUAUCAAAAUCAAAACAGCUCCUCUCUGUUAAAGAGUACAAAUUGAACCAUGGUGAAGACAUUGAAUCCCGAAGCACAGACUCAGAAAGUUCGAGUGAAGUUGGAGAUUUAUUUAACACAGAAGUCAGCUGCUAUCAAGUAUCUGUCACAUCAUUUAUUGUGAUAUCAUUAACAUGUUUAGCUGUUUUGUUUUGUCACCAGUACAUCAAGAAACUAUUGAUCUGGUUGGAAGAUGUAGAUCUUACUGUUGGUUUCCUGAUAUUUAUUUUACUGUUUACUCUAGUGUCUUUUCCAGUGGCUUGGGGCUACAUGUUGCUGAUGCUAGCAUGUGGAUAUCUAUAUGGUUAUAUUUAUGGACCAUUGGUUGUGACAUUUUUUGGUGCUGUAGGAAUUUUAAUUGCACAUUUGACAAUGAAACAUUGUUGUAGAGAUUGGAUUUUGACAAAGUUUUACAACAGACAAAUAGAAGCCUUUAUAACUGUUGUGGAGAGUAAACAAGGAUUUAAAAUAGUUGCACUUUCCAGGCUGACACCAAUUCCAUUUGGUCUACAGAAUGGUAUAUUCUCAUUAACAAAUAUUCCACUUUUAAAAUACUCAGCAGCAUCAGCCAUAGGAUUAGGUCCAACAGCUGUAUUGAAUUGUUACAUGGGAUCAACUUUACGCUCCAUGGAGGACGUCUUGUCUGAUGGAUCUAGUGCUACCACAGGUUACAUCAUUUUUGCAAUACAGAUCAUUAUAACAGUUAUCUUGCUGACCUUUGUCGUACGUAAAGCACGAGCAGAGUUGAAGAAAGCGGUUGAGGGAGACAAUUCUAAAGCACAGAUAGUGCCUUUAACAAUAGAUGAUGAGACUGUUGUCUUGGUAGCACCAGAAAUAUUAAAGUCACAAGGAAGUUGAACAUAUGGGAGAUAAUUCCGUAGAAGUGGAACGUAAGGGAGAUUAUUCUUCAGUGCCUUUAUGCAAAGAGAGCUACAAGAAUAAGAGAUUGAUUGACAAGUUUAUUAAGUCUUUCUUCUGUAGUGCAGUAGUAUUGUUAUAAAUGUCUACCUCCUACAAACCAUUCCUUUCUCUACCAUGUCUAUUUUCCAUUUAAAUAUAAAAUAAGAUAAGUUGCAAGAAAAAUGAUUAUUUUUUUUCAAAAUCUGUCAAGCAUCUGCUUCAAUUAACAUGCACAUAUAAAUCUUUAUUAAUUUUUAUCUUUUUUAAAAUUAGUCUAGGAUAUUUACUAUUUAUUAGAACAGUUUCAAAAUAUUUAAGAUAUUUUAAUCUAAAAACAAGAUAUCUGAUGAUAAAUUAUUGAUAUAGGGAUUCUUCAUAAAUCAUAAUCUUUUUCAUGCAAUAUUAAAAAUGUAUCUUUUUUUUUCUUUUAAUAAACUUUGUUUGAUAUACAUUAACACAAUGCAAUUUUAUACUUGUAAAUAUUGUUAAAUUUUGAGGGUUUUUUGUACUAAAUGAUGUGUUGUAUGGAAAAUGGGCAUUUUUCAUUUAUUUCCAUAAAAUGUUUGAUGUUAGAUUUUGUUGUGUCUACAUAUAAUGUGAAAUAUGAAAGGUUAUGGAAAAACUAGUACUUUACAAUUUGGUGAAUGGUACUUUUCUUUAAAGAAAUUAUAGCAUCAGCAUGGUACAGUAGAUUAUAUGAUUACAAAAUGUGAUCAGGUGAUAACCUUGUCCAAAAGUCAAUAAAAAGGUGAUUUUAUCAAAAAUCCCCAUUGCUGGUGUUGAAUGAAUCACAGCGAAACAGGGUGAUUGCUGGUGAUUACAAGUGAAAAUACUCUAUAUUUCGGUCAUAUACUAUGUAUUGAAUCACCCUUAAUCAUCAGUAUUUACUCUGAAAUAUCACUACCAAAAGUAUCGUACCAUGAGUCCUUAUUUUAUAUCAAAACUUAGUGCUUCUAUUAAAAUGAAAUCCAGAUCUUAUUAACUACAUGUUUAUACUGCUCUUUUGUGGAAGAACAUAUUAAGAGCUUGCUUUUAAUCUCAAAAACAUGAAGAUGCAUGUUGGGAACAGAACUCUUGAUGCUAGUCAAAAUUUAAGAUUAAAUUUGUAUUUUGAAAUUCAAGAAACCUACUAGUAAAUUGUUAAGGCAGAAAUUGUUACACCUACAAAAAUUCCUAGCUAGGUCUUUUUUUUCUUCUUUUUUUGAAUACCAAGAAGUUUAUUCCAAAGAGAUAUUGAUUUUACCAAGUACUAGAAAAUCCAAAAUGUUAUGAAAACUUUCGAUAUCUUGUUAUUUUAGGCUUUAUUUGUUUUAAAAAAGUGAUACAUUUUAAAUUUAAUUUGAGUUAUCAAUACCCUCAUGAGCCUUUAUAUUUAAUAUGCAUAUGAACAAUUGGUAUGCAUGACUUAAAUGCUCAAAUUGAAACAUUCCAUUUUUGACAAUCAAUGUUUAAGUAUAGUAAUAGUACAUGUAGUAGUCUAAAAUACACACUGUAAAUUUGUUGUACAUGUAUAAUGUAUAUAUUUAUGAUAUCCAGACAGUAUUGAAGGUUUGAAGAGAUUAUCUAGAAUAUUGAUCAAGGCUAAAAUAGAAACAUUUAGGUGCAUAUAACAAUUUAAUAUAUCUAUAGCUAUAAAUUUUAAGAUAAAACACAAGUUUAAAAGAUCAGGUUAGAAGAAAGCAAAGAAAUAACUUACUGUAUAUGUACUUUUUUACACGAGUACUUAUUUUCGCGAUUUUGUUGUUGUCGAUGAAUUCGCGUGUAUUUAAUUUCGCGAUAUUUCCCAAAAUAUCAGAACAUAAAUUACAGACUUAAAAUUCAUAAAAUUUUCAUUAAUUAGGUCUUCAUUUAUUUAACAAUAUGAAACAAAAUAAACAAAGAUUAUUCAAUCAAAAAAUUAGUCCUGUGUUUUGAUAGAUGUUCAAUAACCUGAUUAAGUCGUUAUAAUUAUUUAAUAUAGCUGUCAUAUUUAGCUUGGGAUAUUAUUUUUCACCUUUUGUCCUUUUAUUCUUAAUUAAAUUUCUGUAAAAAUAACUGGUGUUGUUUUAACAGUUUCACGGUUCAAUUGAGGUUAACUGAAGCCAACAAGGUGAACAUGCAUAUACAGUUGUAAAUUCCAGCGAUAUUUAUUCAAUGGUUUUUAUAUGCAUGAAAUCUGCAUUCUAAUUCAUGUGUAUUUAUUUUCGCGAAAAUAUACCUACCGCGAAAUUCAUGAAAAUAAAUAUGCCGCGAAAAUGAGUACAUAUACAGUACAUCUGCAUCAUUUGGUCUCGGGUGGAUAGUCUUCUCAAUGGCAAUUAUACCUGUAACUACAUCUCCUUAUUUUUAUGAUGGUCAUCCUAUUGUAUUUAUCUUUCAUGGGCUUUACAAAACGCAGUGCAGGGUUUACAGAACAUUCAAACCCUGGUUAUGUCUGAUAUCCAUUGUAUCGUGAGAUAAAAACAUUGUCAUAAAAUCUUUAAUCAUGUGAUUAAGGUUGUGUGAUUAUCUUUUAAAUAUUGUGAAGUUAUUUUGAUUUGUAGUGUAUUUACAAAAAUAUUUUUUUUCUAUGCAAUGUUAAUGAUUGUUUCUUGACCACUUUUAAAUUUUCUGAUGCAAUUUCUGUUUUGUUUGAAGUGUUUUUUUUUAUCAUUGAAUGUUCAAGAAAUCCUUUGUAUUAACUCUAGACUGUUUAUAAGAAUUGUUGUGACUAUAAAGGCCAAAAAAUGAGUACAUUCAAAUCUUUGCUUAUCAAAAAAAAAUUUCUGUAUACAGCACUUAAUUAAGUCCAAAGAAUGUUUUCCAAAAAAUAAAGAAAUAAAUGACAGUCCUCCAAAAAUUAUUUUAACCUUUAAAUUUAGAGUGAAAUGAAUUUAUGCUACUAUCGAUCUGAGUAUUCUAAUCCUUUUUUGAAGGGAAUAUUAAUUAUAAUAUUACAUGUACAUUUAAUUGGCCUUUCAGUUGUUCAAAUAUUUGUAUUUGUUGUAAGUGCUAUAUUCAAUUCAAUUACAAUGCAAAUAUUUAUAUUUUUAAGUGAUUAUGUCAACCAAAGCUAUGACAGUUUUUUGUCAUGCUUUGAUUGAAUGUAUAUAUAUAUAUUUAUCAUUAAUUUAUUUUCAUACAUAUUGUAUGUAUAUUAUUUUCCAUAGUCAUUAUAUUUAUAAGUUUCUAUCCUCCAAGCUUAACUAUUUAUAGAGCAAUAGGAGCUUUUCUUUUGUUUUCAGGGGGCUUCAAUUCCUUGAAAUUCUUUGACACUUUUCACUAUGAAUAUAUUAACCAGAAAAUUCUCCAAAGAUAUGAGAACAUUUUUGUCAGAUUUUUUUCAAAAGUGCCACUUGAUUCUUCCCUUUUUCAUUCUUUUUUCAUUGCCUAUGUUUAUAUAGCAUGUUUAGGUUUCUUGAUCCUACCCUUUCUUUGAUUUGCUUUAACUCAAAUAAUGACCUUUCACAUUGCCCUAAGUAGUACAUUGUUUGAUUCCCUAAGUAAAGAAAAAUUAUUAACCAUUCUUUGCUACUGUUUGAUUCCCUAAGUAAAGAAAAAUUAUUAACCAUUCUUUGCUACUGAUUGUACUGAUCUCAAUUCUGUAAAUUCAGAAUUUUCUGUGUCGUUUUAUUCUUUGUGAUUGUUGAACAAAGGAAAAGAAUUUUAUUAUUAUUGCAAUUUAAGGAAUUUCAGAAUACAAAUAAUGCUUUCAAAAUUACUCAUGUUUGUUCAUAUUUUUGUGUGAACUAUACUGUUGAAAUUUUUAGCAAUUAUAAAACCAUAACCAUUUCUGAAUUUACAGUAUUUUUGACUUUAUCUAAAUUGAAGUUUCAUCAGCAUUUGCUAUGUGCCUAAUGCAUAGCACUAACACAAAGUAUUUAAAGGAUGUGUUCAUUCGUUCUUACACUUAAGUAGGUUCUAGCAUGUGAUUUUCAUUAUAACUGCAGUUUAAAUUGUCAGGUUUUGUACAUUGUCAUGUCUAAAAUGAUAGUUGCCAAAGCUAAGAUUGUUUUUGACAUUUGUUUGCAGUUGAGUGUCACUACAGUUAUUUGUUUGUUAAGCAGGUUUUAGGUACUGGCGUUUUACUUACGAUUUUUUUAUAUUUUUAAAACAACUCGGACAUCAUUUAAUCAGUAUUGAAAAAUACUUCCAAAGCUCUGACAGUUGGGUUUAUAUAUAUAUAUGUAUGUGAAUUAAAGGAGAUUAGGAAUUAGCAGAGCAACCAAUCAUGUUUUUUAAACUAUAACAACAUUCAAAACCCAUCUGCAUACCUGCCAACUCUUUAAAUGGGUGAUUUUAAGCAGAAGAGGACAUAAAAUAUCUCUAAGUCUAAUACAUGUCAUAAGUGAUUGAAUAUAUACUCAAUAUACUUUUGAGUGAGCAAGUUGGUGCUUUAAUGCUAUUUAAACUCCUUUGAAUUCCCUUUUUUGAGGAAUUGUGCUCAUAUAAUUGAAGAUUUAAGGUAUAAAGUCCACAACUCUCAUCUGGGAACCCCCCCCCCCCCCCCCCCCCCCCAUAAAUCUGGAAGGUUGGCAGGUCUGCAUUUGUCUUGUGAUGCUGUUAAUAGAAAUCAAUGACGUACCUGUGGCAUCAAAAGCCAAUGGCACAGAUGAUUUCAAUGAUGUCAUUCAAGUUGUAGAACCAGUUGUAAUUUUUAAUGUAUUUAUUUUAUUUUUAUGUCCAGUUGUUGUAUGAUAAAUACUACAUACUAAUAAUACUUUAAAAUACGGCAAAAAAUAUUGACGCAGAUAAUGAUGUUCAAUGAGAAAUUAAUGAUAUACUAUGGCCUAACCAUAGAAUUGAUGAUUUCAAUUAUUUUUCACAAAUUUAACAAAGAUUCACAAAUGUAACUAUAGAAUCACUAUUUGAUUCAUAUUUUUUUACCAAUUAGAAAUAACAUGAUAAAUAUGAUUUUCAAAUAACGUAUUCAAAUUAAGAAAGAAAUUAAUGACACAUCCAUGAAAUGAUGUUGAUGAUUUCAAUGAGAAAUUACUGAUCUAUUAUGACCUAACCAUAGUAUUGAUGAUUUCAUUCAUUUUAUGUAAAUAAAAAACAAUUCAGAAGGUUGGCAAAAGCAACUAUAGAAUCACUUAACACCUAAGAUAAAACAAGUUUACAUUAAGAUGUAAAGCAUAAAUGUUUUACCCCAACUAAAAUCUUUAAUAAACAUUCAAGACAACUGUCCAUGGUCUAUUCUUUCAAUAAAUAUUUUAAACCAUACCAUAUUACCAACAUAACUUUUAAAACAUGUUCAAAAUAAGGUUUAACAAGAUGCAUGCUUCGCAUAUUUUCUGCAUUAAUAAGAUUAUAAUUUUUAAAUACUUCAAUCUAAAAAAACAUGGCUUUUUCUUUAUUUUUCAAUAAUUGAGAUUUAUUAUACAUUUUCUCUCUUAAAAGGUAUUAUUAAUAAAUAUUAUUGAUAGCUAUUAUUAUUUUAAUUCCAACACCUCCUUAAGUAAUCUAAACUAAAGAAAUUCACCUAUACUAUCACAACAUAUGAUAAUCAAUUGUCUGUGGUCAAUAUGAUUUACCAAUAGAUUGUAUCAGGGAACAAAAUUUAAAAUGAUCUCAGGUAUGAACAUGUUACAUAGCUUUAAUCAGUUAACCUAAUCUCAGAUUUACUCAAAUUCUAUUUAAGCAAAUUUUGGUUCCAACAUUUUUAAAUAGCUCUUGAUAAAAAGAUUUCUUCAAAUACAUGAAAAUUGGUAAACACCUGAAUAGUUUAUGCUGUAAAGAAUAAGUCUAGUCCAGAAUCAGACAGUGAUUCAUGAAACUAGGAAUUCAACUCAGAAAAUGUAUUUCAUUUUAGAUUUCAUUUCAUCAGGCUUCAAUUGCAAUGAAAUUCAAGGUUGUUUUAUUCAGAAAGUGGUAUAGAUUGUCUCAAAAUAAACUAAUUAACUUCUUUUAGAAUGAUAUAAGUGAAAGUAAGGCCAAGUCUGGCCUAGAAAUCUUAUGAUUGCUGUCAUGUAUAAAACAGGAUUUUGUUCAUGUCCUCUUUCCUGUGAUUGUAGAUAUGCCCUGUAAACUGCCAGGAGAGAUAAAAUAUAAAAUAUUUACCAUUUAAUUUGGAGUUUAAGACUCCAAAUUAGUUUUACUCAAACACACUGCAGCAUCACAAUUAUAUUCAGUGUUUUUGAAAUCAUGUUGUAUGAUUUUUAUUUUUCAAUCACCUGAUUGUUUUAAAACACCAACUAUAUUUCAUUAUCCAUUAAAUUAUGCAAGAUAUUUUUGAUAUUUAUUUGAGUCAGAAUUUAUGCAUGUUCAGUUAUUUUAUUUGACUAUUUUACAACCCAUAGCAUUUACUUAUAUAUCAUGCAUGUGUUUAUUAAGGAAAGAUAUAUUGUUACAUGCUAUAUAUUUAUUCCAUGCAAGAGAUAUUUUCCAUCCUGAGGGAAUUUAAUAAACAUAUUUUGUCAGAUA